AUGGAAUCGGGUGGGUGUGAGGAAGGCGGACUUUUUUUUAAAAUCGAAUUCAAAGCGGAAAGCCGACAUGUUUGUUUUUCGACGGAUUUGCUCUCGAAGAGUUUGGAGUCAAUUAAUCCUUCCGUUAUCGCCACCCACGCAUCAUGUUGUUCGAAUCGGGAAUGUGCCUUUUCUUUUUCCCCAAUCUCAUCGUUUCGCUCCAUGUUUUUUUGUUUGUUUGUUUUUUCUCGCAUGGGUUUUUGUCUUUGUCAUUUGUUCAUUUUUAUUUUCUUGUUUUCUUUAAUUUUACUUUCUUUCUUUCUUUCUUUCUUUCUUUCUUUCUUUCUUUCGCUCACGCAUAAUAUUCUUUCUUUCUUUCUUUUUUUUAGUCUUUAUUUUCUCCACUCACGCUUAAUAUACCUUCAUUCUUUCAUCACACUUCAUAUUCCUUCUUUCUUUCUUUCUUUCACUCACCACUAA